GACUUUCCUUUGUAGUAUAUAAAUUCACUUGUUAUCACAAUCUUCUCCAUAAUGGCUAGAAAGUAAAAAUUGUGUUAUACAAGUCCUGACGCCCUUUGCUGGCAGAUAAUUAUAAUCCGAAUUCCCUUUAUGUUAUGGCUGCACAUGUAAUGUUCCCAUGUUUCUUUCUUAGAUCCUAAAUGGACUCUAGGUUCAUGUCCAACCAUCAGGGUUCUGACUUCUGAGUUUAUCAACAAUGAGCAAUGGCUGUUCCAGGGUUUCGAGGUUCCAACUCAUCUUUUUUUUUGGUUUUCUCAACUAAAAGAUAAGACAAGUCUUAAAGAUACUAAAAGUUAAAUAAAGUAGCACAUCUAAAGCAUCAAGGACGUAGUAACUGACAGAAGGUGUGAAGGUUUUCUAGGGUAGUACUUACCAUUGAGUGUCAACAUGACUGUUGCAGGAUAACCAAGCUUGUACACACAUGAGACUUCUAUUAAAAGUAAAGUUAACAUAGAAAAAGGGUCUUAAAGGUGCAUAACCUUUAUCCAUGAAGUGUGAAUUUAGUACCUUAUUGGACAAAUGCAUGAAGAUACUUCCAGAGAAACAAUGCACAAAUCAUCUCAGAUAAGCUUGCCAGCAGUUUAGCAUGCUUGAGUGUGAAUAUAUGUAGCCUUUCCUUGUAACUUGAGUGUGAAUAUAUGUAGCCUUUCCUUGUGCUACAGAAUCAACGUUUUUGCUUUUCAGCGUGAUUUAUCUUUUGCCCGCAUGCCUAUAAAUAGCUUUCGUCAGGGCAGAACUCAGAAGUAGCUCUUGAGAACCAUUGAGAAAACAAAGCGUAGUCCAUUGCUGUAUUUGCCUGCCGCUGUAAUGGAGAAGAAUUAUGCAUGCCCACCACCAAGCAAGGGAAAUCUGAUCACAGUUUUGAGCAUUGAUGGUGGUGGGGUGAAGGGUAUCAUCCCUGCUACUUUCCUCACAUUCCUUGAGUCUAAACUUCAGGAGCUUGAUGGGAGCAACGCACGCAUAGCUUACUACUUUGAUGUCAUUGCUGGCACAAGCACAGGUGGACUCAUUACUGCUAUGCUAGCAACUCCAUCACUGAGCAAUGCUAAGCAACCAUGCUACGAGGCCAAGGAUAUUGUGCUAUUCUAUCUCCAGCAUUGUCCUCACAUCUUUCCGUGCAGAACUGGAUUUUUCGGUUGGUUCUUCAAGAUCUUACACAUGAUUAAGAUGAUCAUUGGGCCAAAAUAUGACGGAAAGUACCUGCACAAAAUAAUCAAUGAUCUGCUUGGUGACAGAAGAGUAAAAGAAACAUUGACAAAUGUUGUGAUUCCUACUUUUGAUGUCAAGCGUGUAAAGACAACAAUAUUCAGCACAUUCAAGGCGAGAUCUAAUACCUUGAUGGAUGCUCGUCUUGCUGAUGUGUGUAUUGGCACAUCUGCAGCACCAACCUUUCUCCCUGCGCACUAUUUUGAAACUGUGGACCAUCACACCGGUGCAUCAUGUAGCUUCAACAUUAUUGAUGGGGGCAUUGUCGCAAACAACCCGACACUGGUGGCAAUGGGUGAGAUAACAAAGCAGAUCAGGUGGAAGAGCAAGGAAUUCCCUGAAACCAAGCCCUUAGAUUACCAUAGAUAUCUGGUGAUAUCAUUAGGCACAGGUCUUCCAGAGCAAGAUAUCAAGUUUGAUGCAUGGCAUGUUGCCAAGUGGGGCAUUUUUGGAUGGCUUGGCCGGGAGGAUACAAUGCCUUUGCUCAACAUGUUCUUACAUGCUAGCUCGGAUAUGACUGAUACUCAUGUUGCAAACCUUUUCAAAGCAAUGGGGUGCUCAGACCAACUGUUACGCAUCCAGGAUCACAACAUACCAAUAGAGGCUGUGCCAGUGGACCUCUCAACGGAGAAGAAUCUUCAAGGGUUGGUUAAGAUAGGAGAAAAACUCCUGCACAAGCCACUAAGCAAGGAUGAUUGUAUGAUCAACUACAUCGAGCCAAUGCCCAAAGCUUGUGAUACCUUAACCAAUGCAGAUGUGCUCACGCGGUUUGCAAAGCUCCUUUCUGAUGAGAGGAAGCUUAGGCUCCAGAACAUGGAGCUGGAUGCUAGUCAUAGCACACAUUAAAUGUGAUCUCUUCAGAACAGAUGUUCCGUGGUCAUCCAAGUAAAUAACGUAUGCAAUUGUGUGUAAUACAUGUUCUAAGCGUCGAACCUUGUAUGGUAAUGGUAAAUUUAUGUGUUUGCUUCAAGCCCUGAAAUCGGACAAUAGCUAUGUGUAUUAAGACUUAUGAGUGUGGAAUAUGUAUGGUCAUGGUGAGUUGAUGUACCUGCAUCCUACUCUGAAUUAUGUAUUGUUCGUAUUAAAGAUAAAUAGAUAAUGUAUUAUGUUUGU